UCGCCUUAGCUUGUUCUCCUUUUUUUGUUUUUAAAAAGAAAAGUUUUUCGCCAUUUACAAUAUUUAAACAGAUCAUUGAAAAACCUUAGAAAAUGACCCCUGGAGUUUCCAGUUGUCAGUACACUGAAGGUCCUCAAUCCAUCUCCUUUUCUGGAUCAGGCUUCCUGGCCACCUACCAGUUAGGAGUCGCCCAGUGCUUCCUACAUUAUGCACCUUGGAUACUACACUCCGCACCUAGUGUCCUUGGCUCAUCGGCUGGAUCUCUGGUAGCAGCUGCUGUGGUUUGUGAAAUGAAUCUAAUUACCAUUCGGGAUGAGAUGAUUCAUUUUGCCAAGAAAGUGAAGUCUUUUACCCUUGGACCACUUAACCCCUCAAUCAAUUUUUUUCACUGGCUGGAAUGUAUUUUAAACAAGCAUCUUCCGUCUAAUGCGCACCAACUGGCCAACGGUCGCCUUGCUGUCACCAUGACCCGUCUGACAGAUGGCGAGCAAAUUCUCAUGUCUGACUUUGACUCCAAAGAAGAUGUAGUACAGGCGCUGCUUUGUAGCUGUUUUUUGCCUGGUUACUGUGGUUUGAUACCUCCAUCAUUCAAAGGAGUAUUCUAUUUGGAUGGUGGCUUAAGCGGCAUUCAGCCUAUAGCACCUGGAUCCUCCAGUCGCACAUUGACCGUAUGCCCAUUUUCUGGAGAGAGUGACAUCUGCCCUGGCGACGCACCAUGUGGGCUGGACAUUGUAACGCAUGGUGCCACUUUCAAGGGCAAUUUGGACAACAGCUUCAGGUUCAUCAAUGCCCUUUACCCAAUGACUUUGGAGAAUAUGGAGGAAGCCUUCCACAGUGGCUACAAAGAUGCUGUUCAUUUCCUUCAGAGUAAUGUGUCCCAAGGGCCACUUAGCGUUAAUCAAACUAUCACAUGGCUUCAUCUGGAAACCAUGGAAGAUGAAGAGGAGAAGAAGAAGCUGGAAAACGGGACCACCAAACUGACAUCUUUUAUAGACAACGGAAGCAUUCAGAUGAGCAACUCUACUACACAGGAAGCUGCACAAUAUCCUCCUCUCCAUUUUGGUACGGUGAAAAAUGUGUUGCUGGGCAAUGUGAUGACUUAUCUGAACAUGUUUGGACUCCCUGCAAGAAUCCUGUCCUACCUGCUCCUGCCCCUCAUGCUGUCUUAUUAUGCUGUACUGCAGAACAGGGACAGGCUGGAGUUGUUGUUCAAGCAGAUGCCUGAGUUUCUUCUUUUGACUUGGCACACCAUGAGAGUUUUCGCCUUUUUCUUUUUCGAAGGAAUGGUCUCUACCUUCAAGAAGAAUAUAAAUGAAAACAUCAUGCCGGUCAUCCGGGCGCUGUGGCAGAAAGACCAGGCACAGUCUGAGGCAUCACAAGGCCGGAGGCAGCCAUCAUCUUGCAAUGAAUUUUCUUCACAUUCAGAGAAUGCCAGUCAAAAAUCAUCUCAGGUUUACAAGAAACCAAAAUAACAGUCUUUGUCAAAUACUGAUGUAAACAAGUGAAGUGCAUCUUUGUACACUUAAUCAAACAUAUUUUGUGAAGUGAAGCCUGUGUGAGUGCAGAUUUCCAUUUAACAUGUUUUAAAGUGUUGAAGGUUGAGUUUAGAGGCUUGUAAUUUACAAAAGCUGAGUAAAAUAUCUGUAUCUAUGUUUUCAUAGUUUUGAAAUUGUAUUGCUGAGGCAGUGGAGUGCAGACCUUCACCGAGGUGGUAGUUUUGUCAUUAUUGGUUCUUUAAUACUCAACAUUGUGCUGGAUGUAGAAUUCUUUAAAGAAUUUAUGAAGAAUUUAUGAAACCAACCAGUCAAACAAAUCUAUACCUGAAGGUGUUUGACCUGAAGAUGGUAUAAUGUAAAAGGUAAUUGAAAGGUGGUAAUUAACCCUUCAGAAUCACUUUAAUUUCCUUGGAGAACAUUAUAACUACAAUCUUUAAAAUACACUAUGGUUAAGCUCUUCUAGAAAAAAGUCAACACGGCUUACUCUUCAAAGAAAUUAAUGAAAUGUUUUAUAGUUUAAAGUAAUUUUUAAUACCUAAGCACAAAAUGUGACAGAAAUGCAUAUGCAAGUGUUUAUGGCAUGUCUGAAAAUCAAAAAAAUGCUCCUGUUUUUCUACAGUAAGUGCUCUUUCAGAGUUUAAAAAUCAGAACAUCACUGACAAAAACACUCAUGGUUAAGAAUUUAGCUGCAGGGUGACGGUUAGUCCUGUGAUGAGCUGUUACAAAAUAGGGCUCUUUCAUUUCUCAGCCUUUUCAGGGUAAUCGUUACCUCACUAUCAUUUUACAUCGAUUCGGUGGUGAGUCUCAGUUGCCUAUGGUGUGUCUUCAUUUCAUUUCCAGACCCAGCUGCUUAAAGAUCAAGGAAUUCUGGGAAAGGGCACAAAUACUAAUGUGUGACAUGGCAAGUUUGCUGUCGAAGGAGCAGAAACCUACUUUCUAAGGCUUAUUUGCCUUUUAUCAAGUCUUUGUGUUGCUUUUCUAAAAUUUAGCUGUUAAUAGCUCCUGUCUUCCAGUCUAUUCUUGAUGCUUUUGGUUUCAUUUGAGCAGCCUGUUGCUAUAAAUUAGGCUAUAUUCAGUUGUAGCCUCAGUACCUUCUUCAUGUUUGAUGCUUUUCUGCUUAAUGACAUUUACAGUAUAAAAUAAAGUAGUUUUUUUUAAAAUGAUAUUGUGUUUGAAAAAUAGCUUUUAUUCCAAACUACAAAAUCCAGCAGGAUUUUAUCUCAGUUGCUGAAAUGUGAAUCACAUCACAUGCAUGUGCCUGCUGCAUCUGCUUUUUCAUGCUGUUGGGGAAAGAGAACAGUUUAUUUUUAAAUAGCCCAGAUACAUUCUGUACUUUUACUUUAUUUUUAUUGUUUUUACAGAGGCCACAGAGAUGACAGAAAAACACAUCAGUGGUGUCUAGACAGGCUUAAAUCAGGGGUGUGGCUUUAUUAACGAAAGUACACCGCAUUCUCGGGUGACCAUCUAAUCCACCUUUCACACUCCUGUCUGAAUGGUAACAUGUGUUGACACAGAGAGGAACAGAUGAUUUUGAUCUCUCAGUUCCAUGUCCUUUUUCAUACAGAUGGCCUGCUACCUGCAGAGAGAUCCUCUUAUAUAAUAAAUGUGGAUGGAUGAUACAGAUAACACACACAUCUGGUGCUGUUCCGCAUCAGCCACUGAUCCAGCCAGUCAACUGGCAGUAAGCUGGCUUUGCAAAGAAAGAAAGAUGCCCUUGCUGGUUUUUCAGUUUUUGAGAGUAUGUGGCAGACUUGUCAUAUGAAGACAACAUGGGAUAAAGGUUGGAAAUACAUAAGUUCUUUUUUUUGUGUACUUUUAAUGUUAAAUUAGAAAAACUUAUGCCAAACUAGGUCAUAACGUAAUGCAGAAUGAGAUUCAUCCUCUGUCAGGAUACAAUAUGUAAAAAAUGUAACAGCAUUCUCAAAAAAAUAAAAUAAAAUUGAUGAAUGCAUUUUCUAUCGGGC